GGAGGAAGUCUUCCCCCUGGCCAUGAACUACCUGGAUCGUUACCUGUCCUGUGUCCCCACCCCCAAGGCGCAAUUUCAGCUCCUGGGUGCGGUCUGCAUGCUGCUAGCCUCCAAGCUGCGCGAGACUACGCCCCUGACCAUCGAAAAAUUGUGCAUCUACACCGACCACGCUGUCUCCCCCCGCCAGAUGCGGGACUGGGAGGUGCUGGUCCUGGGGAAGCUCAAGUGGGACCUGGCUGCUGUGAUUGCCCACGACUUCCUGGCCCUGAUCCUGUACCGCCUCUCUCUGCCCAGCGACCGACAGGCCUUGGUCAAAAAGCAUGCUCAGACCUUUUUGGCCCUCUGUGCUACAGAUUACACCUUUGCCAUGUACCCACCAUCCAUGAUCGCCACAGGCAGCAUUGGGGCUGCAGUGCAAGGCCUGGGUGCCUGGCCCGCGUCCGCAGAUGAGCUCACGGAGCUGCUGGCAGGGAUCACAGGCACUGAAGUGGACUGCCUGCGGGCCUGUCAGGAGCAGAUUGAAGCUGCACUCAGGGAGAGCCUCAGGGAAGCUGCCCAGACGUCCCCCAGCCCAGCACCCAAAGCCCCCAGAGGCUCCAGCAGCCAGGGGCCCAGCCAGACCAGCACUCCCACAGACGUCACAGCCAUCCACCUGUAGCCCCGGAGAGGCCCCCUCCAGUGGCCACUGACAGCAGAGGAGGGUCGCUGCCACCCUCCCUCCCUGCAGGAACAAACCACGUCACAUCUGCCACAACUGAAGUCUGGGGGGGCUCCUCCCUAUUUGCCCUUUGCUAAAGAGAAGGGGGCAGGUCCUACCUAUCCCUGCAGUGUGCACUAAGGGGCCCGGCCAGCCACGUUUGGGUGGCUAGUCAGGCCCCUCCUUCUCCCUGCCUCUGACCAGCUCAGCUCCUUCCCUGGUUCUGGCUGGAGGUGGGUCGGCUGGUCAGAGACAGAAUUGAAGAAGGUAAAAUAGAUGUAACCAGCAUUCCUUAUUGAGGCCCCCUAUCUCUGGGGCUCUCACGUUCUCAACUGCCAAAAUGCCCUGGUGCCUUACAAAGGUGCUGCACCUUCUAGAGUUACUGCAUUUGGAUUGGGGUCUUUCUGAAGAAAUUUCUGAUAUUCUGAGGGGACACAGUCUGGACAGCUCUUCUCAACAUACUUUGGAGAGCCCUGCAUAAUCCGUGCUCACAGCUGCUCCUAGAGGGAGGGGGGCCCAGGCCUCUGUCAGAGGUUCAAGAAUCAACCAGUUCCUCCUUGCUUUGCUUUCUGCCCAGUUUCUCCUGUGAUUGAGGGGGGUCAGUGCUGAAGGAAGAGGUGGUUUUAAUUUAUUAAUUGUGUUGAGUACAACUGUAAGAGGGUGUGGUGGGGCCCACCAGCCCAAGUGGUGGUGACCCUGGCGGUUGCUGCAUCCCUCCUCUGCUACUGGCGAGAGGAUCCUUGUGACCGAGGAGCUGCUACGGCCUGGGAGGGGCCAGGCCCUCCUCUCCCUUUGGCCCUCGGCCCGUCCUGCAUCAGGGGAUGGAGCAGGGGUGACCUGGAGGUGACCAAGCCCGCUGUCUGGAGAUGCGAGCCCUGUUAACACAGGCCUUUCCCUAGGCCACAAGGUCCAGUUGCUGGCCCGGGACCAUCAUGCUACCUUAAUAAAGAUUCUGGAAUAAA